UGCUCAAUAUGAUCACACGCGCAUGUCAGUCAAAAUGCUCUUGACAUUUCCGCUAGGCGGAAACCGACAAAAAAGAGGAACAAGACUUCUCUACAGAAAUGACACAUGCAACAAAGACAAAGCUACAGACCACAUCCCGCCCUGAGAAAGGUGAAACUACUGCUGCACAUUUUCCACAGAAAACCUGGGAAACUUCUUCAGAGGUGUGACCGAGGAAGAGGAAGAGCAUUCAUUUCUCAAAAACUUGAACAAAGGAGACUGACGACCUGUCUCCUGCAUUUCUCUCUCUUCCUCUCUUUCUCCAAGUAUGGCGGCGUGGGACCUGUCAGUCACCGUGGAGGACCUGGGGCCUGAUGCCCCGUCUGUCACCGUCAGCGUGGCCUCUGACCUCCACGUGGGAGGGGUGAUCCUCAAACUGGUGGAGAAGACACAGAUGAAGCGGGAUUGGUCGGACCAUGCGCUGUGGUGGGAGCAGAAGCAGAAGUGGCUGCUGAGGACGGCCUGGACUCUGGAGAAGUACGGCGUCCACGCCGACGCUCGGCUGAUCUUCAUGCCCCAACACAAGCCCCUGAAGCUGGGUCUGCCCAACGGGAUCACUGUGCGGCUCCGCGCCUGCUUCUCCAACCCAGUCUUCCAGACCGUGAUGGGCAUCUGCAGGAUGCUCAGCAUCCGUCGCCCUGAGGAGCUUUCACUCCUUCGACCCAUAGAGGAGAAGAAGAAGAAGAAAGAUAAAGACGCUGCUGAGGAGAUUUAUGACCUGACCCAGGUGCCCCUCUCCUCGGCAUCCCGGCCCAGUUUGUAUAACGGCAUGCCGGCUCAUUUUGCUGACUCAUCUGAGAUGGAGGCCAUCUACAAGAUGCUGUCAGUCACCCAGCCUCCCCCCGCCCCUGAGGCCAUAGCCAAGCUGUACCGCCCAGCCAGCGUUGUGGACAAAGCCCACAUCAACGGCAGGUGGUUGGACUCAUCCCGUUGUCUCAUGCAACAGGGCUUCCAGGAAAACGACCGAAUCUGGCUUCGCUUCAAAUACUUUGCCUUCUAUGAUAUAGAACCCAAGUACGAUGUGGUGCGUCUGACACAGCUGUAUGAGCAGGCUCGCUGGGCCAUCCUGCUGGAAGACAUCGACUGCACCGAGGAGGAGAUGAUGCUUUUUGGAGCUCUGCAGUACCACAUCAGUAAGGUGUCUCAGUCAGAGCCCCAGAUUCUGACCAACAAUGCAGCCAUGGAUGACCUGGACUCAGCGCUGCAGUCCCUGGAGGUCAAGAUGGAGGGAGAGAGCUCUGCGUCAGAGUUACUGGAAAACAUGACUGCACCAGAACUCAACGACUAUCUGAAACUAUUCAGGCCGAAGAGGUUGACACUGAAAGGAUACAAGCAGUACUGGUUCAAGUUCCAGGACACGUCCAUCUCUUAUUUCAAGAGCAAAGAGGAAAGCAUUGGAGAACCCAUCCAACAGAUUAAUCUCAAAGGAUGUGAAGUGGCUCCAGACAUUAACGUGGGGGCACAGAAGUUCCUUAUCAGGCUCCUGAUACCAGCACCUGAGGGCAUGAAUGAGGUCUAUCUGCGCUGUGAGAAUGAGCAGCAGUAUGCUCAGUGGAUGGCAGCGUGUCGGCUGGCCUCCAAAGGGAAAAGCCUAGCAGACAGCAGCUUCCAGAGCGAAAUCCAGAGCAUCCGCUCCUUCCUAGCUAUGCAAAAGACCACUGGUUCCCAUGGCAACGCACCUGCUGCAGAUGAAAGCAUCAACACCCACAGUCUGGUAUCGCCACGCUACCAUAAGAAAUACAAACCCAAACAGCUGACCCCCCGUAUCCUGGACGCGUACCAGAACGUGGCGCAGCUCCCCCUGACAGACGCAGUGAUGCGCUUCCUGCAGAUCUGGCAGGCUCUGCCUGACUUUGGCCUCUCAUACAUCGUAGUCAGGUUCAAGGGCAGUAGGAAAGAUGAAGUUCUGGGCAUCGCCCCCAACCGUCUCAUCCGCAUUGACCUGGGGGUGGGUGAUGUGGUGAAGACCUGGCGCUACAACAACAUGAAGCAGUGGAACGUCAACUGGGACAUACGACAGAUGGCCAUUGAGUUUGAAGGAAACAUCAACAUUGCCUUUAGCUGUGUGACAGCUGACUGCAAAAUUGUUCAUGAGUUCAUCGGAGGAUACAUUUUCAUGUCGACACGCAGCCGUGAGAAGAGCGAAACACUCAAUGAGGAGCUCUUCCACAAGCUGACCGGUGGCCACGAAGCUCUCUAGAAAUAAAAUACACACCCAACACAAAAGAUGUGGACACUUCACAGCCCACAUCAGAUCUCAUCUUGUGUGCCUCCACUGUGGGAAACCAUGUGGAGUAGGAUUUUACAUUAAUAUCAGAUAAUGACAUGAAAGAGCCAAAACAGGAUAUAUAUAUAUAUGUAUAAUGUAUGCACAGACUCCAGUGGUCCUCCUGCUGACUUCCCCUUUCCUUAAUGAUGGGCUACUGCAGGGUGACUAGACGUUGGAUCAGUCAGCAGCCUCUUUGCCUUUUUCACCUCAUUAACAAGUAUAAUCAAUGUCGCUCAGGAUGCAAAGCUGCAGUAUUAUUGUCACUUGUAAAACAUUUAAGCACAUUGUAGCAGCUAUGUCAUUAUUUUAGCCACAUUAUUAUGUUCUAUAGUCAAGUACAGUGUAGAGUAGGACAAUGCAUGUCACUAUGAAAAUUUUACAACAUAAACUUGAUUAAACCUUGAUUAAAAAUAAAUAAAGCAAUUCACAUGUCAUUCUCAGUUGUGUUCACACUCCCUACUGUCAUGACAUCUGCUGCCAAUUUCUGUUUCUUACACAGGAAGCUUCUAACCAAUCAUCUACACUCACAUGCUGUGUCUGUGUCUUUAAGUGUUGUAUAUCGAUAUCUCAUAAGACACUGUGCCACAAAUACAAUUUGAUAUGUCUUUAAGUGUAACAGUUUUAAAGGCCUGGCUGGUUGUUGCAUUAUACAGUGUCUGUUUGUGUCAAAAGUUAUAUAUUUUACUGCUUGGUGAAAUAACCCUUGGAGUAAAUAGACGUCUCUGUUCCUUUGAAUGAAAAGUGACAUUUCCAGUGUAGGCCAGUUGAACUGCAAGAAACCUGCUGGAAAAUAGGUUGUAAACUGUUCUUCAUUACUCUGCUAAACUGUUAAAAUUUAAAUUAAAUAAAAAAGAAAGAA